GCAGGGCUGCAGGGGGAGCGCUGUGCGUCCCUACGCCUGCCUGUGCCUGGAGCGGGGCGGCCAUGGGCGCCCGUCUGCGGCCCGCUGCGCUGUGGGGGGCGGCGCUGGCCGCGACCGGGGGCGCUGCCGUGGCGGCCUGGCUCUGGGUCCGCUUGCGCAGCCGGGCAGUGCCGACUCCCGACUGCCCUGUUGCCGCCACAGCCGCCGCCGAUCAGGGUACAGGACACGGUAAACAGAUACUUGUGCUGGGCCUGGAUGGGGCUGGGAAGACCAGUGUUCUCCACUCCCUGGCAACUAACCAUGUCAAGCGCAGCGUGGCUCCCACCGAGGGCUUCAACGCCAUCUGCGUCAACACCGAAGAGUUACAGAUGGAGUUCCUGGAGAUCGGGGGCAGUGAAUCUCUGCGUUCAUACUGGAAGAUGUACUUGCCCAAAGUGCUGUUGCUAAUCUAUGUCGUGGACUCGGCUGAUCAUGCCCGACUGCCUGUGGCAAAACAGCUGCUUCAUCAACUGAUCCAGAGCAACUCCACCCUGCCGGUGGUGGUUCUGGCCAACAAGCAGGAUCUUGAAGGCGCAUAUUGCAUCACCGAUAUCCAUGAUGCUCUGGCACUGUCUGAUAUUGGGGACAACAGGAAGAUGUUCUUGAUUGGUACCCAUGUGGCAGAAGAUGGCUCCGAGAUCUCCUCCAACAUGAAGGAUGCCAAGGAGCUGAUAGCACAGCUGGUUUUGGAAGCACAGUGACAGCUCUUUUCCUACAAUGUGAUCUGUGCAGCUGAGGGAGACAGAGUGUUAAGUGUAUGGUCAGUUUGUCAUGUGGCAACUGAAAUGUACAGGUAUCUUUUCCUUCUGAGUGCGGGAUUCCCCUGAAAAUGGUGCCUAGUUGGUAACAAAAUCUAAUUUGUAGUGGUUUGAAAAUACAUUUGAGAAGUAA